AAACCUGUACAAUCCUGACCAUCGGAAGUCAAAGUUAUGCUUUUCGUUUGACGAUUGAUUGUGUAUCAUUAGUUAAAUAUAUUAGAAGUACAAAAUUAUGAAUAAGGAAUAUUAAUGAAGAUAAGUUCUAAAGAAAACAAAUAUGAAUGGUAUUGAAGAUUUUUCUUAUAAGAUAGUAUUUCCCGCUACUUUAAAUAUUUACCGAAUGAUAGAAAUGCAUUCUUUGUGACUAUAUAAUUACCUACCGCUUGAAUGUAGUCAACAUUUGGAUGUACCUCAUUAGUUUAUACAAUGUAUAAUACUAUGCCAGGGGUUGCUGAUAUGGGAAUGGUGUGGAUGGGAGCAGGACAACAAGGAGGAGAUAUGCCUAUAGGGGGACUUAUGUCAGGAGAUAACAAUGAUAUGUUAUUAGAUAAUGAUAAUAUAUAUUAUACUCCAUCACAUCACAGUAUGUCUAAUCAAUCCAUGGAUGAUAUACAUAACGUUCACAGCUCCCAUAUGGAAACAAUGGAAAAUUAUGACAUGAUGCACUAUUUGGAUAUGAAAAAUGAUAGUAACGAUUCCAGUUAUAUGAAUGAAGAUAGCUCUCACCCUGUAUAUAUGAUUACAACAUCUACCCAAACACUGCCUUGUCCAACCAGAAAAAUAAAGCCGAUAAAGCAUCCUGGUCUAGUCUUGAAAACACCGAUUGCUUACCAGAGUAAUACUGAUCCCUCAGUGAUACCAAUUCAAAAGGAUGGUAUAGCUGUAUGUGAAAAGUGUGGUGCAAUCGGCGUCAAACAUGCCUUUUAUACCCGUGAGCGUCGUUUUUGUAGUAUGGCUUGUGCGAGAGGAUAUAGUGGUUUAAUACCUGAACCAUUACCACAACAAAAUCAAAAUACACCUGAUAGUAAGCAACACUAUGCCAAAUAUCGCUUCACAAUGAAAAUGGAGGAUGAUUUCACUGAUGCUUAUAUAGAUCAACCAUUACCUCAACUUUCUCCAUUAUCAGAACUACCACCAAUUGAUGAUUCGCUUCCUCUCAUUAGAAGGAAACCAGCAGAAUUGGCAAAUUCCUUUGAAUGGGAUUCACAAUUUUCAGAUCCUUAUUUUAUCGCUGCGCCAGUUACUUGUUUCAAACAUGCUCCCAUGGCCGAUAUUUGGGACAAUAUCAUGGUAGGUAUGAAAGUUGAGGUAGAAAACACCGAUUGCGAUAACGUAUCUGAAGCAUUUGCCGAUUCAUUUUGGGUAGCUACUGUUAUGAGGAUUGUAGGAUAUAAAGCACAGUUGAGAUACGAAGGAUUUGGUUCUAAUAAUUCUAAAGAUUUUUGGGUAUCUCUUUGUUCCAAUCAAGUUCACCCUGUUGGAUGGUGUGCUACUAGGGGUAAACCUUUGAUCCCGCCAAAGACAAUCGAAGAUAAAUAUAGCGAUUGGAAAGAUUUUUUGCGAAAACGUUUGACUGGUGCUAGAACUUUGCCUUCGAAUUUUAGCAAUAAAGCAACUGAAAGUCUUAAAUCCAGGUUCGAAUGUGGCCUUAAUCUCGAAGUUGUUGAUAAAAAUCGUAUUUCUCAAGUUAAAUUGGCAAUUGUGCACAAAAUAGUUGGUAAAAGAUUAAAUGUCAAAUAUUAUGAUAUGCCCCCAGAUGAUGCGGGUUUUUGGUGCCAUGAGGACUCACCACUAUUACAUCCUGUUGGUUGGGCGAAAAAGGUUAAUCAUCACUUGGUAGCUCCAGUAAACUACCUUGAACGUGUCAAUCAAGGUAUAUUCGACGAUGAUGACGCUACUGAAGAUCUCUUUAAUCCUUACCAAGUUGGUUUUCUUGAAAAUACUCAAUCAGGUUUCACUAUAGGAAUGAAAUUGGAAGCAACUGAUCCUUUAAAUCUAUCUUCGAUAUGCGUGGCGACCGUCAUGGAUGUUCUAAACUAUGGUUACAUAAUGAUCCGUAUCGAUACAUACGACUCUGACGUUACUGGUGCAGAUUGGUUUUGUUAUCACGCUAAAUCUCCGUGUAUAUUUCCUGUGGGCUUCUGUGAAAAACAUGAUAUUCCUUUGACCCCUCCUAAAGGUUAUGACGCGACAACCUUUAAUUGGCGAACAUAUCUCAUUCAAACAAACAACAGACCGGCGGAUCCUUCUCUAUUUAACACAAAUAUACCUUUACAUGGUUUCCAGCAAGGAAUGAAAAUAGAGGCAGCCGAUCUCAUGGAUCCACGAUUAGUAUGUAUAGCAACAGUAGCAAAGGUAGCUGGACGAUUAUUGAAAGUGCAUUUUGAUGGAUGGGAAGAGGAGUAUGAUCAGUGGUUAGACUGUGAAAGCCCAGAUAUUUAUCCUGUAGGAUGGUGUCAAAGUGUAGGGCAUAAACUAGAAGGACCUCCAAUGUUCGCUAAACAAAUUGCACCUGUAGUUAAAUCACCUAAAGUGAAGAAAAAGAAUAGAAAAAAGAAAAUGAAAGAAAGUAAUCUGAAGACAAAUUUUCAUUUGUCUCCUACAACUACUAGAGAAUUCCUAAAAAAGGAAUUUAUUGAAGAGCCUGCGGAUACAUUGGAAUUUACAGAGCACAAUGAACACUCUGAACAAAUAGAAUUUGAAUCAACAAAGUCUGUAGAAUCCACUCAUACUGAAACGGAUCCAGUUACUAUAGUUCCGGAUGUUUCUCUGGUACCUUCACCAGAGAUUCAAGAUGAUAAUCAAGGUCCUGAAGCUGGACAAGAGCCUGCAGGACCUGACCAAAGUUUACCAGUAUCGUCGGAAGUGGCAGGACCGGCUAUGGAUAGUAAAGUAACCUCAUGCGUCAAUUCGUCUACUUCAAGUAGCCCAAAAGUGAUACCGCGUCUAGUCGAUGCCUCAGGUAAUAAUUCUGAACACCGUGAUCUUUGUCCAGAGGAAUGGAAUGUUCUGGAUGUUGCUCAGUUUUUGCGAGUUAAUGAUUGCGCGAAUUACUGCGAUUCUUUCAGUAAACAGAAUAUUGAUGGUAAAAAACUGCUAGAUCUCAGCAAAGAAGACAUUUUGAAAUUUACAGGUGGAAAAGUGGGUCCAUCAUUGAAAAUUUAUGAUUUGGUUCAGCAACUAAAAAUUAAAUUGAAUCCUUCCCAAGUUCGUCAUCUGAAAGCAAAUAUCAAAAAAUUCUUAUAGUGCCUAUCUAUAUUGAUAUACUUGUGAAAUUACUUAUUUAAAUGUAUAUAAAUAUAUAUAUAUAUUAUUUAGGUUAAGUUAUUUUCUUUUGUAAUAUCAUAUAUUCAUCUCUCGAUCUUUUGUGUGUUACUUUAGUUGCUCAAAAUCUUUGGAAUGGAAGAAAAAGGCUGAAUUUUAUUUUAAUUGUAUCAAUACUCUUACAAGAAUUUAAUUUUCAAUUAAUUCACUAUUUUUUUAUUCUUCACAAUGAAUUUUUUUGUUAGUCAUAUUUUGAAAUAUGAUUUUACUGAUGUGAUAUGACAAUGUAUUUUAUAUAAAUUUUUUAUUUCUAAAAUAAGUGGAUAAAUAUGUAAUUUACCACUCCAAUAAUUGUUCAUUAUACUGUUAGAAAGAGUGGAUACUGUUUUAUGUGGAUCCUGGUAGAAAGUAGUAGUGCGUUUUUCUCAACGCCCAGCUCAAUUAUCAAAAUGGCGGUGGUUUGCUAGAUGCGAGUUUCUCAUUUCGUGAAUUUUGUACCACACAUGAUAUUGUUCCUCCUACCGCCCAGAGCAUAAGCAAUUUAGUAAUGUGAAGGCAAAUAACUGUUUAUGCUCCUACCCAACAAUAUCAGUUGAACUUAGAGCUGCCAUCAAAUCCAUAUGACAUAUGCAGUGUAUCUAAAGGGAAUUAUACUAAUCACCUAUAAAAAAUUUUUUUAUUUAUCCAUUAAUAUAAAAAUAACAUCAUGUCUAUAUGAUCAGUAGCUUAGAAAAUCAUCAUUUAUCAUCAUCAUUAUGCCGUUCAAUCUCUUGGAUUAUGGCUAGCGCUUUGUGUGCCUACAUAUCCUUUUAUUGGAGUGGAUAACUUUCCUUGUCUUUUUUAUGGUCCUGGCUUCGUUAGUCAGGUUUCUCCAUUCUUUUUUCUUUCUGCAUUUUGCUUUCCAGUCUACUAUUUCUAGGAUUCUGGUAUAUUCUUCAUUAUGGUUUCUCCAGGUAUUUCUUGAUCUGCCUCUGCCUCAUGAUUUAUCCUGCCCAAUUUAGUCUUUGUGCUUUUAUAUAUCUUAUUAUAUUUUCUCCUCCCAGUUCUUCUAUUUCCUCAUUUUUCUUCAAUCCUCUCUCUCCAUUUCCCGUAAUAUACGAUACGAGUAUAGUUCUCAAUAUUUUUCUCUCGAUUAUCUUCAGAUCUUCUCCCUUGUUAUUCAUGACUGUUGUUUCCACGGCGUACGCAAUCACUGGUCUUAUUAAUGUUUUAAAUAUUUUAAUUUUGUUCUUGCUUUUCUAACCUUUUAUUGUUUCGAUAUUUUUUUUGUAUUCUGUCUCUUAUUCUUUCUUUAGACAUGUGUCCUAGAUAAUUGAACGAGGAUACAGUUACAAAUACGUACUUCUGUGUCCUUAGAUGGUUCAGUACUCUUUUCUUGCUAUUUUCAUGUAUUUGAUUUAUUUCUAGACGGACUUUCCUUGAUUUUGUUCCCAGUUUGUUGAUUGCUUUUAUUAGUUUUUUAGUUUAGGAAAUAUGAACUAGGAAAUCGGAUGAUUAUUUUUGAAAAACCCUCUACUUUGAUUUUUGAUCAUUUCUGUUACUCAAGACAUAUAUUGAUUCUUUGUUGUUAAAUUUUUCUAGAUUCCUAAUUUAUAUUUCUUGUUUCCUUGAUACUAACAUUCCAUUUGACUAAGAACCCGAUUCAAUUCCAUUGUUACUAUUCAGGAUUAUAGAUUGCAUUUUGAUUGUCAUAUUUUCUUGUCUCUAUUAUCUUUAUCUAUUGUGAAAGAAACCUAACCAUCAUCCUGUUUAAAGUUUUUCUAACCUAAGAACAUUUAUGAAGUAUGUUUACCAUAGGUUUUAGUUAAGAAAUUAUUGGAUAUUAGUAUUUUCUUUAAAAUAACUUGAAGAAAAUAAACUGUUUAUUGCUCAAAUAUUUUUUUCUGUUUACUUUUCCUUAUUUCUAUAUUUUUAGAAGUGGUAUUGGGAUGUUUGGUACUAUCAUACUGUGAUGUCGUUUCUUGUCAUUGUUCAAUCUCUCAUUAUUUUCCUUUUUUUCUCCAUUACAACUCUUAGUUUGCCUAAUGCUAGCAUUCCAUUUAACUAGAAUCUAAAUUGAAUUUAUUUCGUGAUGAUUUAUAUUGAUUUUAAUUUGUUAAUUGAGAUUUCGUUUUAUGUUGAUCAUGAAUAUCAAAAUAUAUAUCUGUUUUAACAAAAAAAAAAUAAUAGAGAAUUUAUUUAUAAAUAUUACUUGAAUUAUUUAAAUCUAUACUUUCCUCGUUCCUAUGUAUGUGAAUCAUUUCUUAAAAUUCUCCUUUUCAAGUAUUUGAUUCUGUUUCAAGAAUUUUUGAAUGUUUGUUUUUUUCAUAUUGCAUGGUUUGUUGUGCACUUUUAUUUUUUUAUCAUAUUCAUGAUAAUUUAAUCUAUUAUCUAAAUACUCAGAUGUCUGCCCUACGUAAACAGCGUCACAAUCAUUACAAGUUACUUGAUAUAUAAUAUUACUUCUUUUGCUUUUGGGUGUUUUAGAUUUUAGUUUAGUAAAAUAUUUGUAUAAUGUAUCCUUUAUGACUAAUAUCAUAUUUAUUGAAAUAAUUCGAUACUUGUUGGGAAAGUCUCUGUAAAGAAAAAUGUUUUAUGGAUUGAUGUCAAGGUUUUAUAUGUUUUUAAAUGAAAUUUGAAUUAAAGGAGACCUCAAAUCAAGAUAAAUAAUCACGAAUUAUAAAUAAAAAGGUUUAAAAAGUAAAAGUUGGAUAAAAUUGAAUUUAUUUGUCAUUAUGUUUUAAUUUUUGAUAAUCACGUUUUCACUUUUGUCUCAAUGUAUAUGUUGAAGGAAGAAUGAACAACUGUCCUAUUUGCAAAUUCCUCACCUACUCCAUCUAACCGCAUGGCUUACCAACCCAUUACUGGGUGGUUUCUCAAAAUUUCAGAUAUUGAAUUAUUUUAUACUGGUUCAUAAUUUAUAGUUGAUAACAUAGUUCAUGUUUUGUAAUCUCAAUUUAUCAAAUUCUGGUAAGUUAUUGUCUGCUUGUAUUUAAUUCAGAACUUUGCCUAUAACUUAAUAUUUGAUUUUUAUUUUGUGAUGAAGUGAGUUUUUUUAAAACUUAUAAUAUUAAUGUUCAUCUAAUAACUUUUUUUUCCAUCCUUAGAUAUAUUAUUGUCAUGAAUAUUAUGAUUUGUAAGAAAAAUAUAAAAUAAUCAUUU